GGGAACUCAAAUGCCGUUCGCAGUGUGAUUGUCGGGAUCGCAACAGAACAUUGAGGUUUUAUAAGUUUCUUGUUUUCACUCAAUUGGCUUAAGCAGAAACAAUUGGACAAAUUACUAACACUGUAGAGAAAUCAAUAAGAGUGAAGAUAGUGAUUGCCAAUUUGAGCAGCAUUAAUAAGCCGUGCGAAAAAUGCCAAGAGUAGUGUCAUCUUGUUGGAAGCACGCAGAGAAAAAUGACUCUGGCAUUUCUGUGGUGAGAGGCUAAUUUAUUGUAAUUUAAAACUUGACAAUUUACCUGUGUCACCGUUGUGGGAGAGCACAAAAGGAAAGCUUGAAGGAAUUAAUUUCACGAGACUUAGAGCAGAGAGGGAGAAUCAUGUCACAAGACACAGAUGUGGAUAUCAGUGUUGUGUCUAGUCCUGAAGCAAGUCCCCAGCGUGAAGAUUCGCCGUCGCUGAGGACGCCCGAGGAGGCCAAGGGUCGUCAGUCGCAACACACAAUCAUCAACACGUAUCAAGAUGGCACGGAGAGUCGCCUCGGGUCACCACAUCACUCACCCACCGAUCAGAGAAAGGUCUCAGGAGCGGGAUAUACGAGCUUCUCGAUUUCCAGCAUCUUGAGUCGCAAUGACCCCAAGAAGGGGCCCAUCGCGCCCUUUCCAUCUGUUCCAGCUGCACAAGGAAUCGGUGGUCACCACGAUGCUUCGAUGCUAUCAAGGUUAGGUUUCAUAUCGCAAUGGGGCGCUCUGGCGGGGAGAUAUGCCGCCCUGUGUCCCCCAGGAUGGCCAUGGUCGGCACAUCGGAUAUCAUUUCACAGUCCCAAUGAUAGCUCCUCAACAAACACCACCGAGAAUCCAUCGCCGACGCUGAGUCCGCAACCGCAGCAGGAAAAUAAAUCGCCAACGGCUGGGGUGGCUCAGGCCGCAUAUCCGGCGGGUGCGGGAUCAGAUGACGAGCACCAGGAGAUAAUUGAGGACGACGGCUCGGAUACGCCGGAUCGAACAUUGGAUAAUGCGUCACCACACCCAAAUAAUAAUGGUCCAAUUCAGACGAAAAGGAAAAAGAAAACCCGAACUGUUUUCUCCAGAGCGCAAGUGUUUCAACUAGAAUCAACAUUUGAUAUAAAAAGGUACCUGAGUUCAUCGGAGCGAGCUGGCUUGGCGGCAUCACUGCGAUUGACCGAAACUCAAGUGAAGAUAUGGUUUCAGAAUCGACGGAACAAAUGGAAGCGUCAAUUGGCUGCUGAACUGGAGGCCGCCAACAUGGCAAAUAUGGCACAUGCGGCCCAGAGACUUGUUCGCGUUCCUGUUCUGUACCACGAGAGUGCCGGCGCGGCUGGCACAGGAUUCGCCCCGCCACCACCCCACUCGCACGCGGCCCCCCUUUACUACUCCACGAGGAGUGGCACGUCGCCUCGGCCGCCAUUAUCAUCUCUCGUGUAGAGCAUCCCGAGUGCCGUCGAGCUGCAAUCUCCGCUCUGGUAGGAUCCAGCGGGCUCCACCACACAACGCAUAAUCAAAAGAGUCGGGAGGGGGCGGGGGAUUCAGAACCAGAAGCUCACGAGAAAGAUUGGCAGUAAAAGCCACAUAAAUCGCAUUUACUAACUCUAUAUCUAAAUUUACUGACAAGUUGAGUGUGAUUGUGGUGUUGGUUUUGAUGGGGAGCAGAAUUGGGGCUGAGGAGAAUUCUAUUUACGAUAAAUCGCGUUGAUAGAAAGCAGAGACAUUUUUUAUCAUGGCGGAAAUAUGCAAAAUUAAGUGAAUUCCGACAAAAUUUACGGAUUAAUCAAAAUCGAAUUAUUUCAUUGAUGGCUGAAGACAAUUUAUGCCCACAAUAGAAUUCAAGAAAACAAAACUUUAGGUUUCGGGAAAAAUUCAUUGCAAUUUUUAAAUUUUAUAUACUACACAGAAGUUGAUGAAAUGUGAUUUUUCUUUCAUGUAUAAAAAACAAAGAAUAUAAUUUUCUAAUUGUAAGAAUAUGUAUAGGAAAUGUAUAAAAAGCUUCUUUUCAUUAAAUUUCACAAUUAUUGCAAAACAAAGUAUAGAGAGUAACUUGAAUUAAAAAAAAAUUACUUCUUCAGGGGACUGUAAUAUUGUCACAUAAAGAAUAAAAAAGA